ACGGUUCCAUCUGCCUUGAUUCGGAAGGCGGGCGCGCAUCUCCUGCUGCGUGCUCUGGCUGUGGGCGGCCUCUGUGAAUGACAGCUCCGGGAGCCUGGGGUUUAAUGCCUCCCCCUCCUGGGGGUAGGUCAUUCCAAGUGUUCACUUGAUUUUGAGACCAUCCAAGAGAAUUAUAAGGUGUCGUCAAUCUGCGCAUGUUCAAGAUAUAACUCCAGGAAUUGAAUGUUGACCGCAGUUGAGUGUAAUGGGCAAGCCUUCGUCACCCAAUUACCCCAUGGAUUCCGUACAGCAGACAGGAGUGACCGAAAAAACCAACAUGUUCUCUGAGCUCCUACAAAUUCUCGCCGUAUUGCAGUGGAUCCUGACCAUCCUGCUGCUGGGUCCAGUUUGUGUCCUCUUGAUCAUCUGUCUUGUAUGUAGCUCCCUGUGGCCAUUGCUUGCACUCUACACCAUCUGGAUGAUAUCUGAAUGGAAUACACCAGAGAGAGGUGGAAGGAGAUGCCAGUGGAUGAGUCAGUUGACUAUUUGGAAGUAUUUCAGAGAUUAUUUUCCAGUAAAGCUCCAUAAAACUGCUGAUCUGGAUCCAAAUCAAAAUUAUAUAUUCGGAUACCACCCACACGGGAUCAUGAGCGUCGGGGUCUUCUGUAAUUUUCUGACAGAGAGUACAGGCUUUUCACAGCUUUUCCCCAAACUGAGGCCAUAUGUAACCACUUUAGCGGGCAAUUUUAAAGUGCCUUUUUAUAGAGAUUAUCUUCUGGCUAUAGGAAUGUGCUCUGUGGCCCAUGCGUCUAUAGACUACCUCUUGUCACACAACGGCCUUGGCAAUGCGGUGGUGAUUGUAGUUGGAGGGGCCUCUGAGGCUUUAAAGUGCUCCAAACACCACCAUAUACUCACACUGAAGAACAGAAAGGGUUUCAUCAGGAAGGCGCUUACUACUGGUUCCUCGUUGGUUCCUGUGUAUUCUUUCGGAGAAAAUGAGGUGCUUCAUCAAUACCAAUUUGAAGCUGGAAGUUGGAUCAGAAGCCUUCAAGAAUCAUUCCUGCACGUUGUGGGAUUUGCUCCCUGCAUCUUCUUUGGAAGAGGGAUUUUCUCCAGCAGUUCCAGAGGAAUUAUGCCGUUACGUAGGGCCAUCAACACAGUGGUUGGAAAACCCAUCCCUGUGCCUAAGAUAGAAAACCCCUCUGAGCAGCAGGUUGACACCUACCACGCUCUGUAUGUCAGCUCUCUGCAGGAGCUCUUUGAUACCCACAAGCAAGGUUUUGGUCUGCGGCAAGAAGAAUCUUUAAUACUGGUUUGAAAGCUACUGAGACGGAUCAAUGGAGCAAAUAUCAGUGCAGCGCACAAAGAUUGUAAUCUCUACUGGAGGAAUCUGUCAAGAUACCGUGUCCUCAUAACAGGGCCAACAGGGCUAUGAAUAACAAACAAUCCUAGAUAACAAACAAUCCUACAACCGCAAUAACCUGCCCCUUGAAACGGCAAGUCUUCCAACGGGCGACAGAAGAGUAAUCCCGUCUUAUUAUUCUCCUGCCAAGUUAUGUGUUUAAUAUAUUGAGCUUCUCAAUAAAAAUGUAAGAAUGUGUACAAUAAAAAUAUCUUCUUGUGUGUAUUUGGUCAUGACUUCCGUACCGGUGACUAAUGAACAUUUUUCUGUGGUUCUGUUGAAUGUAGGUUAAACGGCAAGAUAUAUUAUGAA